UUCUUCUUCUUGCCCUUCUUGUUGUUCUUCUUCUUUGGUUGCUGUUGCUGUUGCUCUUGCUUGGCUGGGGCGGCAGCGGCUGGUGCCUUCUCUUCCUUCUGCUCGGUGGCAGCGGCGGGGGCCUUUGUGGUGGUCUCGGUGGUUGUGGUGGUUGAUUGGCUGUCAGCCUCGUCGACUGUCUUUUUCUCUUCUACUGGAGCAACUGGCUCCUCAGUUGGCUUUGUCUCCUCAACAACAACUGGAGUCUCCUCAACAACAGGUACUGGAGUCUCCUCAGCAACAACUGGGACCUCCUCAACUGGGGCAGCGACUGGCUCCUCAACAACUGGGACCUCCUCAACUGGUGCUGGAGUCUCCUCUGCAACAACUGGUGCUGUGACCUCGACAACUGGUGCAGCGAUUGGCUCCUCAGCUACGACUGGGGCAGCAACUGGCUCCUCAACAACUGGGGCUGGGACCUCCUCUACAACGACUGGUGCAGCGACUGACUCCUCAACAACUGGUGCUGGUACCUCCUCGACAACGACUGGAGCUGGGACCUCCUCAACAACUGGAGCUGGGGUCUCCUCGACAACGACUGGAGCUGGGACCUCCUCAACAACUGGAGCUGGGGUCUCCUCAACAACAACUGGGGCUGGGACCUCCUCGACAACCACUGGUGCAGCAACUGGCUCCUCAACAACUGGUGCUGGGAUCUCCUCGACGACUGGUGCAGCAACUGGCUCCUCAACAACUGGAGUAGAGACUGGCUCCUCAGCUACGACUGGGGCAGCAACUGGCUCCUCAGCUACGACUCGGGCUGGGACCUCCUCAGCGACAACUGGGGUUGGGACCUCCUCGACAACGACUGGGGCUGCAACUGGCUCCUCAGCAACGACUGGAGCAGCGACUGGCUCCUCRACAACUGGUGCUGGGACUUCCUCAACAACUGGGGAAGCGACUGGCUCUUCAACAACUGGUGCUGGGACUUCCUCAACAACUGGAGCAGCGACUGGCUCCUCGACAACUGGUGCUGGGACUUCCUCAACAACUGGGGAAGCGACUGGCUCUUCAACAACUGGUGCUGGGACUUCCUCAACAACUGGAGCAGCGACUGGCUCCUCGACAACUGGUGCUGGGGUCUCGGCGACGACCACAGGUGCUGGGAUCUCUUCAGCAACUGGGACCUCGACUGGUGCUGGAGUCUCAACUGGGGCAACGACUGGUUCCUCAACAACUGGUGCUGGGGCUGGAGUCUCAACUGGUGCAGCGACGGACUCCUCAACAACUGGUGCUGGAGUCUCAACAGCAACAACUGGAACAACAACAGCCUCAACAACAACAACUGGGGCUGGAGUUGGGGUUGGGGUUGGAGUCACCUCAACAGAAACAACUGGAACAACGACGACAACCUCUGAAGCCUCGGCUGGCUUGGUCUCCUCGACAGAGACGACGACAGAGGUGGUAGUGGUUGAUGUGGCGGCUGCUGGCUCUGCGCCAGUCUCGACAGUGACAGUAGGGACGACGAUGACCUGGUUGUUCACUGGACCGGCAACACGCAAUAUGAUCCAGUCGAUGAUGAAUUGGAUGACCAAGUCCUGGUCCUUCUCGUUGUGCACC